AUGCCUCCACACGUGCCGAGUGCACUUUUCGCUGUCCCCACUUCAUUCGUCGCCGUGCCCAUGAACAGCAUUUCCGCCCCGCCCGCGAUUCCCGCUGCCCUGGCGAGUCGCGACGAGGUGCUUGCCAGCGUGGCUCCCGCUGUGGGGAGGCGCGCUGCUGACGUGUGGCAGGGCGGGAAACUGUCCGACGUGUCGUUUCGCGACGAAGGAUGGACCACGGGCGGGGCGAAAUGCUUAGGGUCGAAUCCAGGAGAAGCCUACACUCGCGUGGUGGAGCAUCUUCCCCUCUCGCCCCGCACAUCCUUCCAGCGCGUGGUGGAGCAUCUUCCCCUCUCGCCCCGCACAUCCUUCCAGCGCGUGGUGGAGCAUCUUCCCCUCUCGCCCCGCACAUCCUUCCAGCGCGUGGUGGAGCAUCUUCCCCUCUCGCCCCGCACAUCCUUCCAGCGCGUGGUGGAGCAUCUUCCCCUCUCGCCCCGCACAUCCUUCCAGCGCGUGGUGGAGCAUCUUCCCCUCUCGCCCCGCACAUCCUUCCAGCGCGUGGUGGAGCAUCUUCCCCUCUCGCCCCGCACAUCCUUCCAGCGCGUGGUGGAGCAUCUUCCCCUCUCGCCCCGCACAUCCUUCCAGCGCGUGGUGGAGCAUCUUCCCCUCUCGCCCCGCACAUCCUUCCAGCGCGUGGUGGAGCAUCUUCCCCUCUCGCCCCGCACAUCCUUCCAGCACGUGGUGGAGCAUCUUCCCCUCUCGCCCCGCACAUCCUUCCUGCUCUCUCUCUCUCACCCCAUCCUCCUCCCCGUUCCCUCCCACUUCUCCACCUCUCCCCUGUUCUCCCCUCCUCUCCCCUCGUCCUCUUACCCCUUCGUCUCCGCCCCCCACUGCGUUCACAAUGGCAGCUCGGCCAAUGGAGUGUGCAAGCACGUAGCAGCGCUUCUCAUCGAGCGCGCAACUCAGGUGGGCAAUAGAUUGACCAGCUCAGGCCCAGGAGCUUCAGAACAAUUCAACUGCACUCUGUCUGAGGCAUCUAAUGCUCCCUGCCACACCGCCAUGUCGUGCCGUGCCAUGCCACGCCAUACCAUGAUAUGUCAUGCUUUCCAAGUAGUGCUUGUCCUUCCCCUGUAG